CACAAAGGUGUGUGCGGUCUGUGCGAGAGGUGAAGUGCACAAGAGGAGUCUGCUCAAUUCCGUAAAGGUGAAAACAAGAAGCGAAACAGAGACAGUCAGAUGCACUAGGACCGACUGACUCACAAACACAUUGUGAUGCAUAACUCAAGACCGUUUCACUGGGGCAGAGGCCUUGGAUCUUUUAAUAUCUUUCCUGGGACUGAAGUUUUGUUAUUUUAGAGACUGCUGAUCAGACAGAUGCAGCCAUGGCAUUAAGGAAUGUCCAUUUUUUCACGCUGUCCCAACUCCUCAUCCAGUCUGCCAGCCUGUUCUCUCCACAUGCUCAAGGUGUGAAGACGAAUGAUUCAUGUUCCAUUCAGGUCUUGCUAAAACGGAACUCAAGAGAUGAAGCUUUUUCAACAGAGAGUCUGACAAUCAACUGCCCUAUAGCAUUCUGUGAUAAAAGGCCAGAUGUUGGAUGGUGCAAACUUACAGAUUCAAAUGAAUGCGCCCCUGUCAAUGACACAGAUCUAAUGAAAAUACGAUGGACAAACACAAAUGAGACAUACGGCAUUUUAUCUCUACAUUUCAAACACAUUGUCAUGGAUGACUCUGGAUUAUAUAGGUGUCGGUGUAAAGGGAACUCUAUGGAACACUGUAUGAGUCAUUCAAUGAAUGUCACAGUGAAAGAAAAACAUUUGAGCAACAUUGACCAAAUUGUAAGCAGUGAUAACCAAACUGCAAAUGCCUCCAAUCAUGAGACUCCAGACAACUCAUGGCAUGUGUGGUUUUGGCCCACCAUAUACAUCUCCUCUGGAAUAACAUCAGUCAUCAUCAUAGUCACAGUUCUGAUAUGUCUGGGCCUCAGAUGCAGAAAAGGAUCGCAGAAUGCCAGCAUGACGAAAGCAGAUGAGAAUCAGUAUGAUUCAGUACAGAUGUCUGACAUAGGUGCUUCACUUCCUGGCUCCAGUCAUCAUGCGCAACCUAAGCCACGCCCUCGCUCGCAUCCCACCCCAGUCGACGCACAGAGACAAGGAGACGGUGUCUAUGAGAAUGGCCAUGGAAGGGGGUCACAGCCAACUAGCAAUGUGUCAUCAGGAGAUGUCGUGGCGCCGCAGAGAUAUUUGACCAAUCAUGUUGUCGCCCAGCCCAGGAUGUUGGAAGAGGAGGCGAAUCCACUCGUGUAUGCCUCACUGAAUCACCAGGUCAAACCCCGGCCACACACACGACCCAUACAGGCCCCAGAGGAGUCCACUGAGUAUGCUGCUAUCCGCAUCUCCUAAUGCUUUGUGUUUGAACAGUACAUGACACUCAAAAACAGGGUUCUCGGGGUGCUAUAUAGAACUGUGCAGGCUUUAAAGAACCCUUAGCGGGUUCCUUUGAUGAGCCCUUCAAAAUGGUUUAAAGAACCAUUUAGGGGUGCCAUAUGAAGCAUGCAAUAUAACCAUUUUUGAUUCUACAUAGCACCUUUUUUUCUAAGAGUGUACUUCUACUUUCUUGCUAUAUUUUCAAUGAUUCCAAGGCCACUGAAACACUGGGGCACAUGAAACUUAAGCUUUUGGUCCCCGAGUUUGUAACCUUUUCACUUGUAGAGAAUAUGAAGAUGAUUGUGGCUUUAGAACACUUUUUUCAAAAUGUGAACAUUUCUUGAAAUUAACAUUCAUUAGAAAAGAAAAUAAUCUAAUGAAUGUAUCAUUGAGCAACCAAUGACAGAGAAUGUAGACUUGCAGUUUACAAGGAGUUGCAGGAAUGAUGGACAGAAUUUAAGAAGCACAAUCUUUUGUACAUAAUACUACAUAUAGCACCAUAUGGCAGUCAUGCAGUGCAGUGUGCGUGUCUCUAGUUUACAAAUCAGAUAGUCAAAAGAACAAGGCUCACUGUGGCUGGGGUUAUGAUUCUGUCAUGAUCAAAUACGUAAAUUAUGUGUGACUGAGAUAUUGUUGAUUUUGUCAUUUCGAUAUGUUAGAGUUGUUGAUGCUGUGGUGUAUAAUUGUAAUAUGUGUCAACCAUUCCGACAUUUGAACUAUGUCCACUGUCAUUUUCAUGAACUGGCCUUCAUCUUCUCAGCCACACCUUACAUUGUGCUAAGAACCUCCAUAAAAUGGUGUCUCUGCACUUAAAAUUGAGGCUUUGUAGCUGAACUGCCAGAGCUCAAAACCCAGGGAGUGUUCACACUGAAGAUGAAUGCAAAUCAGCACUGUGCUGUGGGUUGUUAUCUGUUAAAUUAAAUGUUCAUGUAAGAGUAUAUUCAAAAAUGCACAGAAUUUGUGCUGUCAAGAGAAAAAUAAAAUGAUUUUAAGAGGUGUUCACUUCUGUUUUACAGUGUUACACUGCACACUGGGCACACUAAACAUGUCUCAGUAGGCUACUUAUGGAAGUGCUCCUCUGUGCACAUUUGUGUGCAGUGCAUUGCCACUCGGUCACAAAUGUUGGGAGGCACACAACACCCCCCUGCAUUGAUGACAUGGUUCUUGUCACACACCGUGUGCACGGGACACAGACGCAGGACUACUAGGCCUAUCAAGUUGCUUUUCCACUGCAUGGUAUAUGCUCAACUCACCUUAUAUACUCUAGUCGGUUUAGGUACUUUCCUUUUCCACUGUAAGAAAGUCUUGAAUAUAGCUGGUGCCAAAGUGACACCGAAAGAAGCAUGUCGUUAUUAAUGCGCACAACAACUGAGGAAUCAAGGGGAUAUUGUUUCUGAUUCCUGGUUGUUUCUGUCAAUGUUCAUUUUAAUCCAUGAGCAACCAUUUGAUUCAUAAGGAGAUAGAACGCUCGUUUUGAAGAACUGCAGGACAUUCCAUUGAAUUAACUAUAAUACUUUCACAUCACCUUUUGCUUCAGGUGAUAACAAAAAUAGUAUACCAGGUACCAGCAAAUGGAAAACCAAAAAAAAGCAAAUAUGGAGCAGAUGCCAUGCAGUGGAAAAGUGACUUUAGUCUAUGAAUUCAGUCUUUUGCUACCUUGUCAGUGCAACAUUUUUGUUUUCUGCUCUAAAUACAAUCUCACUAGACCCUCAAAAUAAGAUUAUAUUAA